CGAAGAGGGCCCACGCCUAUUCCUCUCAGUAUUUCGUCUGAGUCCGCCGAAAGGGCUGCUCCAAUAAGUAAUUCUCCCACGUCCAGAUGCAGUUUUAGAACUAUACCUCAAUGCAGAGUGUAGCGCCGGAGUUGAGCCUCCACUGCAACCCUAGCUCGCCACUCACACCAUAACCGUAACCCCCGGAGCUCUCCGACUGGAAGCUGAAUUGAGACGCAAUGCAUUCUGGGUGGGAUGUAGUGGUCGGGGAUGCCGUACCUGGUUUGAUACGUUGGAGUCUGUCCAGGACCUCUCUGCAGAUUCAUUGUGUUCACAGCAUUUGGUUAAGUUGGAUGAGUUCAAAUCUGCCCUGCAUUUCUUCUUUUUGAGGCUCUGGCCCAAGGGGCAAGGUUUCAUGUGAGGACAUAUUCCUGAUUUUUUCGCUCUUUAGCCUACUUGAUAAAUAGCUCACAGGUCCUGGCUUCAGAGGAAUAAAACAAAUCUGAUAUGAGUACAAAGAAGCUUGACGAACAAAUAUCAUGGAAGGAGACCUCCUAACCUAAGACUUACCUAAGAAGCUGGAGAAUCCUGGGAAAGAGUGGACCCUGGAGUUGCUGGACCCACAGACAGUGUUAACCUUUAUGCCCAGAGCUGGCAAAGUCUGAAUGUCAUCUCAACUUUCUUGAUAGCAAUAACUGUGACGAUGGACCAUUCGAUCCAGACGAUGGAAAGGAGAGCUUGGUGUUUUCGGGACCCUGCUUUUUCUCAGGAAGAGGAGGAUACAGACAGGUUUCUUGAAACUGUAACAUUUAAAGAUGUGGCUGUGGACCUCACCCAGGAAGAAUGGCAGCAAAUGAAACCUUCUCAGAGGAACUUGUACCGUGACGUGAUGCUGGAGAACUAUAGCAACCUCGUCACAGUGGGCUGUCAAGUUACCAAACCAGAUGUGAUCUUCAAGUUGGAACAAGAAGAAGAGCCAUGGGUGAUGGAAGAAGAAAUGUAUUGGAGACACUCUCCAGAAGUUUGGAAAGUUGAUGAGCAGAUCGAGAAGCAGCAGAGAACACUUUUGAGGAAAGGCACAUCCAUCUCCAAGAAAACUCUGAUUAAGGAAAAAGUCAUUGAAUGUAAAAAAGUUGCAAAACUAUUUCCUCUGGUCUCAGACAUUAUUACUUCGAGCCAAAGCUUCUAUGAAUGUGACUCACUUGAUAAGGAUCUGGAACAAAAUUUAGACUUGUUUAGUUAUGAGAAAGGCUGUGUAAGAGAGAAAAAUUUUGAAUGUAAUGAGUUUGGGAAACCAUUUUACCAUUGUUCGUCCUAUGUCAUAACUCCCUUUAAGUGUAAUCAGUGUGGACAAGACUUCACUCAUAAAUUUGACCUCAUUAGACAUGAGAAAAUUCAUGCUGGGGAAAAACCUUAUGAAUGUAAAGAAUGUGGAAAAGUCUUCAGCAGAAAGGAAAAUCUUAUUACACAUCAGAAAAUUCAUACUGGGGAAAAACCUUAUAAGUGUAAUGAAUGCGGAAAAGCUUUCAUUCAAAUGUCAAACCUCAUUAGACACCAAAGAAUUCAUACUGGAGAGAAACCUUAUUCAUGCAAGGAUUGCUGGAAAGCUUUCAGUCAGAAAUCAAAUCUCAUUGAACAUGAGAGGAUUCAUACUGGAGAAAAACCUUAUGAAUGUAAGGAAUGUGGAAAAUCCUUCAGCCAGAAGCAAAAUCUUAUUGAGCAUGAGAAAAUUCACACUGGGGAGAAACCUUUUGCAUGUAAUGAAUGUGGUAGAGCUUUUUCUCGGAUGUCAUCUGUUACUCUACAUAUGAGAAGUCACACAGGAGAGAAACCCUAUAAAUGUAAUAAAUGUGGAAAAGCUUUUUCUCAAUGCUCAGUAUUUAUUAUACAUAUGAGAAGUCAUACAGGUGAGAAACCUUAUGUAUGUAGUGAAUGUGGGAAAGCCUUCUCUCAAAGUUCAUCUCUUACUGUACAUAUGAGAAAUCAUACAGCAGAGAAACCCUAUGAGUGCAAUGAAUGUGGAAAAUCUUUCAGCCGAAAAGAAAAUCUUUUUACACAUCAGAAAAUUCAUACUGGAGAAAAACCUUAUGAGUGCCAUGAUUGUGGAAAAGCUUUUAUUCAGAUGUCAAACCUCAUCAGACACCAGCGGAUUCAUACUGAACUCAGAAGAGGAAAAGAGAAGUGUACAUCAAAAAUCAUGGUGAAGGGCUUGAAAUUCAAAGAUGUGGCCAUUUACUUCUCUCAAAAAGAGUGGGAAUGCUUACACUCUGCUCAGAAGACUUUAUACCGAGAGGUAAUGGUGGAGAAUUACCAAAACCUGAUCUCACUGAGACUUUCUAAUAGUAAGCCAACUGUGAUCUCCUUAUUGGAGCAGAGAAUAGAGCCGUGGGUGGUUCCUAGGAAGAAAGGACGUUAUCCAGAUUGGGAAUCCAGAAGAAAAACUAAGAAUUUAUCUUUGGAGAAGCAACAGUAUGAAAUUAAAUUGUUACAACAGGAUACAGCAAAAAUACUUAUACACUCCAACCCUGAGCAUGCUAGGAUCAGAAGUAGCAAAUGCCAGUUGGAAAAACAACAGGGGCAUCAGGAGGGACAAUUUAGAGAAGUCAUAAUUACCUCUACUCAAGGCACAGCCCAGAGAGACCUUCACAGAAUUAACACUGGAGAGAGAUCCUGUGAAAUCAAGAAAUCUAAGAAAGAUUUUGAGUGCCAAACACAUUCUUUUCAACAUAAGGAAAAGGAUUCUGAAUGUGGAGAAUGCCAGAAAAUAUUUAAUAGUAGGUCGGACAUGAUUAAGCAUCAGAAACUUCAUGAAAGCAAAAACAAGAAUGAAAAUAAGAAGUGUCCCUCUAAUCAUGACUCUGAAAUUACUCAGGCUAAAAGCAUUCAUUCUGGGGAGAAGACACAUCAUUGUAAGGAAUGUGGGAAAGCCUUUCAUUCCAGCUCCCAACUUAGCAAACAUCAAAAGAUGCAUGUAGGUGAGAAACCCUACAAAUGUAAGGAGUGUGAGAAAGCCUUUCGAUCAAAUGCACAACUUAAUCUUCAUCACAGAAUUCAUACUGAUGAGAAGUUCUUUGAAUGUAAGGAAUGUGGAAAAGCCUUUACCCGCCCAUCACACCUUUUUCGCCAUCAGAGAAUCCAUACUGGUGAGAAACCCCAUAAAUGUAAGGAAUGUGGGAAAGCUUUUCGCUAUGACACACAGCUUAGUCUUCAUCAGAUAAUUCAUACUGGUGAGAGACGCUAUGAAUGUAAGGAGUGUGGGAAGGUAUAUAGUUGUGCCUCACAACUUAGUCUACACCAAAGGGUUCACACUGGUGAGAAACCCCAUAAAUGUAAGGAAUGUGGGAAAGGCUUUAUCUCUGAUUCACACGUGCUUCGACAUCAAAGUGUUCAUACUGGAGAGAAACCCUACAAAUGUAAAGAAUGUGGGAAGGCCUUCCGUCGUGGCACAGAACUUGCUCGACAUCAGAGAGCUCAUGCUGGUGAGAAGCCCUAUAAAUGUGAAUGUGGAAUGGCCUUUACUUGCAGCACCGAACUUGUUAGACAUCAGAAAGUCCACACUGGUGAGAGACCCCAUAAGUGUAAGGAAUGUGGGAAAGCUUUUAUUCGAAGAUCUGAACUUACUUAUCAUCAGAGAAGCCAUAGUGGUGAGAAACCCUACAAAUGCAAGGAAUGUGGCAAGUCCUUUGGUCGUGGCUCAGAACUUAAUCGACACCAAAAAAUUCACACUGACCACCUGCUACUACCUCAGACUAUAAAGGCCAGAUGUUUGUUCUCCUACUUUCCUUUGCAUCUAGUCAUAUGUGUAAUGCUCCUGGCCACUGAAGAUACGAGGAUAGGUCUGAAAAUGGAGGUUAGUUAAAUUCUUUCCUAACAAAAUACAAGAAAAUGGGCCUAACCGUAGGAUGCAUGUCCACAUGGCUUUGUGGUAGAUGAACUUGUGGCCAGUUUGCAGAGUGUCAAGAAGCUGAGAUUGGCACAAGGGAUAGAUUAGAAUUAGUACCUGUGUCCUUGACCUUGUGGAUCUGAUUAAACAAUUCAGAACCACAUUUUCCUAGGACUUCAGUGAAAUAAGAAGCUCUAUAUAUGUGUUGUAGUUUUAUACUGAGCUUCUUAACAGUCCUGGAAAGUUUCCAUUUAAAAAUAUAUUUUCAUAUAUAUGCACAUAUUUAUUCAAUCUUAGGUAAAAACGUUUACUCAGUUUUUUACUAUAUUAAACAUAUAAAUGCACUAUUUUCUUAAAUGCACUAUUUUCUAAAAUUAUAUAUUUUCAACUUUGAUACAGUAAAGUACUUGUUUAAAUUCAGUGUAUGUUUACAUCCUGCUCUUUAUAAUAUAUGUGAAUACCUGUAAAAGUGUUAUUUUCCUAAUGAAGUAAGAACCAAAGAGAAAAUUAAAAGCUACACACCAUGUAAUUCCUUUAGUAUAGAUAAAAAUCUUUGAACUCUUCAAGAUACUUCAAAAAUUCACCAUAAUGAAUCUUAGCAAAUUUGGAAAAGGACAUCCAAGAUUAAAUACCAGUUUUUUAAAAAUAAUCCAUUACACUGAUAAUGUGUAAGUAGUCCAAUUAAAAUAGCAAGUCAAAUCUAUUAGCCUUUUAAGAAACAUGAUAGAUUAUCCAGAAUACUCAUGAACUGACCUGUCCAAUUGUUAAAGAAUGUAAUACAAUGCAGGGUUGACACAUUGAAAACUAGACACUAAAAAAUAGUGCCCUCUAGAAGUAAUAACUGAGAGCUAUAUAACAAAUGUCAGUUGCUGUGGAGUCACUGCAGUUGUGCCUCUGAUCAUACUUCAUGGUCUACUGACUCACAACAUUUAGAUAAUCACCACCCAGUGGAUUCCACUUCUUCCCCACAGUAUUAAAAGAUGCAUAAUUAAAUGUUAAAUAUAUAUAACAUUGUAUGAUGAGAAUCAGUCCUAGCUAAGCAGUCAUCUCAUUGGAGGGCAAUGUAUAACAAAAAUUUAAACAUCUUUUAAAAGAGAAAUGAUUACUAAAUUUUAUCUUCACUGGUCUAUUAAUUCCAUAAAUCUAAUCUCAAAAUUUUUAAGUACUCUAAGAGAAGAAUUUGUACCCUUUAGAAUCUAGAAUUAAUGAAAGCAGGCAAAAAUAGGUAGUAUAAUACUGAUAUUACUACCAUUUCAACACUUUAAGAAUUAUAAAAAUGUUGAAAUCUUUUUCAUUUUCUGUACAUAUAUACUUGUGUUUUUCAAGAGUUGAGAAUUCUCUUGCAAGUUUAUAUGUCAUGUUUUACCAGAAAAUAUAAGUAUACAAAGAUCUUUUUUAUCAGAACCAUAUACACACUCCAUUCUUUUGUCCAUACUCAGGAAGCACACCCACAUCUGGACUUGUUCUUGUACCAUGCUAGUUAAGGAGAGAGUCAUUGGAAUGAGAUGGUGCAGGUACUUACUAAAGUGCAGCUUCCUUUUCUCAUGUUGUAACAUACCUUGAGUAUCCAUCCUCAUCAAUUCCUACAGAUCUAACUAUUGGCCUCUUACCUGAUAGACAAAGACAAUGAUAUGCCACAACGCUCACAACUAGUGGGGUUCUGUGAGGGGGGAACAAGAGAUUAAGAAAGAACUAGAUACAUAAUAAAAGGAAGACUGGGACCAGGUGGGCCAUGACCUCCCUGAUGGAGAGGCAGCAACAACCAGCAUGGUCUGCGUCUUUAUUUAUACACAGUAAAAAUAGGGAAGUGUGUGAAGGGGUUGAAAGUGCAAGGUCUCAGUGUUACAUUCUCAGAGCUGUCUGUGCUAUAGUUCGCAUGGAGGAGCACCAAGACCAGACACCUGCUGGACUGGCUUUGCUCUAGUUCCAACAACUUGUUUACAUGGCUUGCCUCGGGUGCUCUGUGUUCUGGGACUGGCCUUGCUCUAGCCUGCAAUGUGUGGUUGAUCUCCCACUUAGUCAUGCCCCACAGUGAUACAUGCAGCCUGUCCACUAAUGAAAGCUCAAUAUUGAUAUUUUGCAAAUCAUUAUACUUGACAGUUUUACCACACAUAUACUGCUGAGUGUUGGUGCUUUUAUUUCUGUACGCAGAAUUCCUAUCAGCUAAAUUCUUUGCCUUAUCAGUGUACUGUGUUUAAAUUGUAAUAGUUGCUGCCUUAUGUUUGAAACUCGCUACUAAUCUCAUCAGAAAGGUUAUGUAUUUCCUGCUUCAACCAGGACUGAACUAUUUUUAAGUUGAGUAAAGAAACAAAUGCACUUUCAGUUUGCAUUUUCUUAGCUGCCAAAAAUUAGUGAAGUUGAACAUCUGCCAUACUAAACAUCAUUUGUACUUUGUCGCUGUGAACAAUUUUUGUUUCCUUUUUUAAAAUUGGAAUCAUUUUUUUUAAAGCAGUUUGUAGAAAGUUGACUGAAAUUAUAUUGCCACGAUAACGUGUAUCCUUUGCCUCUUUUUAAACAGCUCUGGGGACAGAAUCCAGGGCCUUUGCACUGAGCUACUUCCCCUAAGCCUAUUUUUAUUUUUAUUUUUAUUUUGAGACAAGAUCUCACUAAACCACCAGGUUGCCCAGUGUGCACUCGAGCUCUCAAAUCCACCUGCCUUUGUCUACAAAGUUCUGAGGUUACUGGUAUGUACAACGCCUAUAAGGUAAUUUUAGCCUUUGCCUUUGUUUAUAGCAAAAGGAGUUAAGAAAUAUUUUACCGUUUUAAUGGCGAGAUUACAUAUUUCAGGUUUUGUGGCCAUACAGUGUAUAUACUGUCUUUUAGUGCAGAAUAUGAAGCAGUAGUUUUCAAACAGGGGCAGUUUUGCUUUCUUGACUUAUACCUCCAGUAAACAUUUGGCAGUAACCAGAGAGUUUAAGGAAUUGCUGCUUGCCUAGAGAUCUUGAUCUGUUCAGUAUCUUUUUUUUUUUUUUUGUCUUUUUCAUUUUUAUCGGUACCAGGGAUCGAACUCACGACCACCUGCUUGCCAGGCAGGUGCUUAUGCCGCUGAGCUAAACCCCCAGCCCCUUCUGUUCAGUAUCUUACAAUACUGUACAGUUCCCUACAGUAAAAUUAUCUAGUCCAGUUCUAAGGUUGAGAAAUCCUGACCUAGAAGCAGUGGAUACAGAUCUGUUCCAAUAAAUCUUUCAUUAUAGAUAUGUGGCCACGUUUGGACUGUAGGCUGUAGUUUGCUCACUUCUAUUUUAUUUUUUAUUUUUUGUCUUUUUGAGACAAGGUGUCGUAUGCAGUUCAGGCUGGCCUUGAGCUCACCUUGUAGCUAAGGCUGGUCUCGAACUUGCAGCGAUCCUGCUGCCCAGCCUCCUGAGUGCUAGGAUUUCAUGCAUGGGCCACCAAGCCUGGCUCUUCACUUCUGUUUUAAUUAUCAUCUACCUAUAUGCUACAUAUCUGAUUUUAUUCCUGAAUUAUCUCUUCCAUGCCAGUAUUUUCCCAGAUUUUCUUCUAUUUUAUGCCUUUAAUUUUUUUGAACUAAAUAUACAUACUACUAUCUCUGUCAUUACUCCCUACUAAUUGAGCAUAUUAUUUUUCCUUUUUGGUUAAAAUUUUGUUAAAGAAAUAAAUGGUUUCAGAAAAUAGAUGAAAUGUUUUCUUUUUCCUUCUGGAGUCCUUCACCCUUUGUCUGCAGAGAUAAUAACUUGGUGCAUUUUAUAUCUGUAAAACAAGUACUUAGAUGAACUUAUGUAUAACACAUAGCAUUGUGGGUUUUAAAGUAACACAGAUGGCAAUACAUCAUUGUGUAAUGUCUGCCAAUAUAAGAAUGAAAAGUACUGGUCUAAUUCUUUUAACUGCUAUUUUGCAUCCUUAUAUCAUGUAUUGAUAUCCCUUUAUUGACAAAAUAAAAAUUAUUGCAACCAUC